AUGCUGACAGAGAGCAAGUGCAGUGAAAUGAGAUUCAAAAAUGAACCCCAGUCCUCGGCCACCCCAUCACAGGCUCCUGCAGCUCCCAAAGAUAGGACUUCACCUCCCAAAAGUAACACUGGUUGCCUCAAGCUACUUCUUGUCUCUUUGCUGAUUCUUCUGCUGCUGAAAAUCUCAUUUGUAAUUGUCACUAUCAGUAAGUCCUGGAGCUGCUGCCCAAAGAAUUGGAAGUCCUUUCGUUCAAACUGCUACCUUUUUUCUUCUGAGGAAAAAAACUGGACUGACAGUGAGAAGCACUGUGCAGGGAUGCAGGCGCAUCUGGUGGUGGUUGACAGCAAGGAGGAGCAGGACUUUAUUAACAAGAAUGUGAACAGACGUUAUGCUUAUUACUUGGGGCUGUCAGAUCUGAAGAAUGGUCACUGGGAAUGGGUUAAUGAGACACCAUACAAUCAAAGUGUCACGUUCUGGCAUCCAGGUGAACCCAAUAAUGACAAUGAACAUUGUGUUAUAUUAAAUUUUCGUCAAGUAAAAUGGGGCUGGAAUGAUAUCUUUUGUAAUGUGUCUCUCUCUUCAAUUUGUGAGAUGUUGAAGAUCUACUUAUGA